GCCAUGACGCACCCAACCGUUCCGCUUUAUGGCUAUGAGCGGUUCUUCGCCAUGGAUCCUUGUGCUAGUGCCAAGCUUGCACAUGUUGCGACUCUGCGUGGCGACAUUCCCGGUCUCCUGCAGCAUUUGCCUCAAGCAGUUCUUGAGACAUUCAAUCGACACCCGAAGAUGCGAGCUUCGGUUCUACCGGGUAGUUCGCCUCAGAAAGUCAUGAUCUGCGCUCCAUUUGCCGAUGUCUCGGAACUGAAGAACCUGCUUACUGUCUACGAGUGCUCUGCAGAGGAAGAGGAGCGUGCUGAACAAGAACGCAUUGAUGCUGCACUGGACACCUCUACAGUUCCACGUCUACGUUGGAUGGAGUUCGUUCAAAAUGAGUGUGAGAAGCCUCUGGACCGCGAGAAAGACUUCCCGUUCUACCUGGUUGUCCGAGUAGACAAAUCUUCCAAUACAUUCGCUCGUCUACUGCUGUUUGCCGACCACUACAUGUCGGAUGCCACGUCGGGUGCAGUUAUUCUCCGCGAGAUCCUCCAGACAGUGUCCAGACUCAGUGGUUCAUCGUCAGACGACCUUCCGAAAGAGCUGCCUCUGCGCGAGUCUCUGUACGAAGGAACCCACUACGUGAACGCGUGGAUGAACGUAGUGCACGAAGCGGUGUCCAAGUACGUGAUGCAGCCACUGAUGAACUUCGACACGAACGCCUUUGUGCCUUUGUUGCCCAUCCAGAGCGAGUCCCAGCUCGACUAUGCAGGCUCUCCACCGACGCCUCCUAAUCAAAGUUUCGCCUUGUUCGCUCAAGGAUCCGAGGCGAGUAUGCGUAGUGCAAUGGCACGGUGCACGGAAGAGCACGUGAGUCUGCAAGGAGCCAUCAUCGCUGCGACGACGAUGGCGUUCGGCCUGACUAAGCACGAAGGCAAACUUUGUGACUGCACUGAGCCACUGCAACUGCGCAUGGAUGUCAUGGGUGACAUGCGACAGCAAGUGGCUUUACACCCAGUCAAGAGAGGGUUAUUCGACUCCUUCUUACCUCAAACUAAAGGACACAACUGCGAGACGCCUGUCGGUCUGUACUCAACUCCAGCCGACCUGGUCUUUACAAGUAGUGAAGGGGUGGACCCACACGGCAUGUCCUUCUGGGACGUCGCGCGUAAAGCUGACCACGAAUGGGAGUGCGCGCUGCUGGGCCAUGAACUCAAGAUGCAGUCCAUGUACGUCAACGAGAUGCUCAACGCCGAGAACAGAACCGACUCGGGGCUUUCCGUGGCCAACUGCGCGCUCAACGACGUCACACUGUCGUACUUGGACUGCUCGGACGCCGCGUCGUCGCCCUUCCCGAGUGAACUGACAGUCGGUAGCAAUAACUUGACUGUGGAAGGUCUGCACGUGUACAACUCGCAGCCGUCGCUGAGUUCGACCAGCAAGUUGUUCGUCACUGCGCUCUCGCACUUCAACUACGCGCUCAUGUACAAACUGGAGACUGACACGGCACACAAGCUCUUCAACUGGAUGGUGCGGUGCACGGAGCGUAUUGGCGAGUACCGAGAGCAAGAUUCAUUCGCGCAGGCAGCCGAUCGACUCGCAACUGGAGCGGCAGCAUCGUCGACGGACAACGCAGUAGCGUCUGCUGCGGAUGACGCUGACUCGAGUGAAGCUGGAAGAUUCCAGCAGAAUGAAGAGGCCUAACGACCUGCUGCUCGUAGCAGAUGACUAAAUCUAAUACAUACCCCCCCUCGUUAUCUAAA